AUGAGUGUGACAGGCUUGACAACACCGAGCAAUUCGAUCCUUAUCGUUGGAGGAGGUCUAGCAGGCUUAUCAGCAGCCCAUGAAGCAUACCUUCGAGGAGCUAAUGUGGUGCUUUUCGAUAAACAAGGUUUUCUUAGUGGAAACAGCGGUAAAGCAACUUCCGGGAUUAAUGGGGCACUUACACGCACACAAGUGAAAUCAUCAAUUCAAGAUUCGGUAGAGCAGUUCUAUAAUGACACUUUGAAGACUGCGAAGGACAGAGCAAAUCCAGCUUUGAUCAAAGUUUUGACUUACCAGAGUGCUGAUGCUGUCCAUUGGCUUCAGGAAAUCUUCAAUCUAGACCUUUCAGUUGUCUCCAGAUUAGGGGGACAUUCACAGCCCAGAACCCAUCGAGGAAAGGAUGCCAAGUUCCCAGGCAUGGCUAUCACAUAUAGGCUUCUAGAAUCCUUGGAGAACUUGGCAGAAGAACAACCCGAAAGGGUUGCAAUUUUCAAGAACACACAAAUCAUUGAUCUCUUGAUCGAUGAAAAAAAUCCCUCUCGAGUGCUUGGUGUAAAGUAUAAGAAUCUAAAAUCUAAGGAGAAGGGGUAUCUUCAUGGUCCCGUAAUAUUAGCCACAGGAGGCUAUGCAGCGGACUUUACAAAAAACUCCUUGUUGCGUAAGUAUCGACCGGAUAUCAUCGAUCUUCCAUCUACUAAUGGCAAUCAUGCCACUGGUGACGGCCAGAAAAUUGUGAUGAAACACAAGGGUAUUGGCAUUGACAUGGAAAAAGUACAGGUACACCCCACCGGCCUUAUCGACUUUAAUGAUUUGGAUGUAAUCGAAGGCCGCUCCCAACCUCGAUACUUGUUUCUCGGUGCUGAAGCUUUACGUGGAGAGGGUGGAAUAAUCUUGAACAGGAAUGGUGAAAGAUUUUGUGAUGAACUAGGUACUCGUGAUUAUGUCAGUGCUGAGAUGGAAGCACAGAUCAGGGAAGGGAAGGGGCCUUUGAGGCUUGUGUUGAACGAUCAAAGUGAUAAUGCUCUAUCAUUUCACAUCAAGCACUACAAGCAACGGUCCCUUAUGCGCUCUAUAUCUGGGAAAGAGUUAGCGGCAGAAUUGGGAGUUUCCAUAGAACAGCUACUGGAAACCUUGGAGGUAUACAAUAGAGCAGCAAGAGGAGAACUGGAAGAUCCGUUUGGAAAAAAGUUCUUCCCUGCGACACCCUUUACCAUGUCAAAUGACGCAGUCUAUCAUGUUUCCUUUGUGACACGGGUAUUGCACUUCACAAUGGGUGGGAUCAAGAUCAAUGAUAAGACCGAGGUUAUAUACAACGGCGAUUCGGAAAUUCCGUUUGAUGGGUUAUACGCCGCAGGAGAGAUAGCAGGAGGUGUUCACGGCCACAAUCGUUUGGGUGGGUCUUCUUUGCUUGCGUGUGUAGUCUACGGAAGGUUGGCUGCGAAUCGGGCGUCCAGUCUAUUGUUGACGAGACUAGCAUCGGCCGCUCCGGAUGAAAAGACGAACAAUGCCACCGAGAGAUUGCAGCAGUUGAGCUUACAUAUCGAUCCAUAUAAGAAGCAUAUCGUUAUUGACCUUGGUGGUGAAAAAGAUAGUUCUAUGGAUCUUGGUGUUGGGAAAGCUCAAGUCGCGAAGCCUGGGGCUACGAAUUCUGAGAUAGCACCCAGUAUACUGGCGAAGUCUACCAAAGAUAAAGGGGGCAGCUCAGUCUUCCAAGUGCCCGAUAAAGAAUUUACAGCUGAAGAAAUUGCUAAACACAACUCCGAGACAGAUUGUUGGGUUAUAGUGAAGAAUGUCGUUUUAGAUUUAACUGAAUUCUUAGACGAUCAUCCGGGGGGUCGCGAUUCUAUCAUCACAUUUGCAGGGAAGGACGCGACGGAAAGUUUUGAUAUGUUGCAUGAGGAUGACGUGAUACGAAGAUACGCCCCUCGCUGUGUUUUGGGCAGAUUGAAAGGAAAGGCCCCAGAAUUAGAGUUAAAGAAAUAA